CGCCCUUCCCCUGCCGCCCGGGCUGAUGAGGAGGCGGCUCCAUGUUUUCUUUUCUGCGAGCGGCGGCGGCCUCGACAGAAAGCGGGGAGAACACAGGACCAACUGAAAAAGCGGGCCAGGAUUCAGCAGGUGUUGUCUACUCCUAGUAUUUGGCCUUUCAACAGCAGCAGCACAACAAUAGCACAGUGGUGACGUCAUGGAGCCCCCGAAGCCCGGCCCCAUACAGAUCAUCUUGGUGAACAAAGAGCAGCAUUCUUUUGAGCUGAAUGAGAAGGCCUUGACCAAGAUUCUCUUGCAAGACCACAUCAGGGACCUUGAUGUGGUCGUGGUGUCAGUAUCUGGAGCCUUCCGCAAGGGCAAGUCUUUUUUUCUGGACUUCUUGCUUCGCUACAUGUACAGCCAGAAGGAAGGUAGCCGUCUGCACUGGUUGGGUGACAAAGAUGAACCGCUAACAGGAUUUUCAUGGCGAGGGGGUUCUGACCCUGAAACCACUGGAAUUCAGAUCUGGAGUGAAAUUUUCACUGUGGAGAAGCCUGAUGGGAAAAAGGUUGCCUUGAUUUUGAUGGACACUCAAGGUGCAUUUGACAGCCAUUCAACGGUGAAGGACUGUGCCACCAUAUUUGCCCUCAGUACCAUGAUGAGCUCUGUCCAGAUUUUUAAUUUGUCCCAGAACAUUCAGGAGGAUGAUCUACAGCAGUUGCAGCUGUUCACAGAAUAUGGCCGUCUGGCAAUGGAUGAAAUUUCCCAGAAGCCCUUCCAGAUGCUGAUGUUUUUGGUUCGAGAUUGGAGCUGCCCAUACGAGUAUAGCUAUGGCCUUGAGGGAGGAAUGGCAUUUCUGGAGAAGCGCUUGCAGGUGAAGCAGCAGCAGCACGAGGAAAUCCAGAAUGUACGGAAUCAUAUCCGCUCGUGCUUCACCGAUGUCAGCUGCUUUCUCCUGCCACACCCAGGGCUGCAGGUGGCCACCAGCCCCACCUUUGAUGGAAGGCUGAAAGACAUCGCGCCUGAAUUCAAAGAACAGUUAGAGGUGCUGAUACCAUUUGUGUUAGAUGCAAGCAGGUUAAUGGAAAAGGAGAUCAGCGGCUCCAAAGUCACCUGUCGGGGUCUGCUGGAGUAUUUUAAGGCGUACAUUAAGAUUUACCAAGGAGAAGGUCUGCCUCACCCCAAAUCAAUGCUUCAGGCCACUGCGGAAGCCAACAAUUUAGCUGCUGCGGCAUCUGCCAAGGACAUGUAUUAUAACAACAUGGAAAAGGUCUGUGGAGGGGAGAAGCCCUACCUGGCGUCCGAAGUGUUGCGGGAGAAGCACGAAGAGUUCCGGAAGCAGGCCAUCGAGCAGUUUAAGAAGAGCAAGAAAAUGGGGGGCAAGGAGUUCAGCCUGCGGUACCAGAGCGAGCUGGACCGGGACAUCGAGGUGCUGUACAGCCACUUCAUCAAGCACAACAGCAGCAAGAACGUGUUCAGCUCCUUCCGCACGCCGGCCGUGCUCUUCAGCCUGAUCGUCGUCCUCUACGUGGGCUCGAGCUUCGCCGGCUUCCUGGGCCUCACCUCGGUCACCCAGCUCUGCAACUGCUUGCUGGGCUUGCUGCUCAUCUCCCUGCUGACCUGGGGCUACAUCCGCUACUCUGGCCAGUACCGCGAGCUGGGUGGCGCCAUCGACUCCAGCACGGCCUUCGUCCUGGAGCAGGCAUCCUCUUGCAUGAAUCAUUCCACUCAGGAGGCUGUCGGGGAGGAGGGGUCCAGGAGACCAUCUGUGGAUAAAAAGUGCCAGUGAAGCGGGGAGCUGGCCCACACGUGCCAAGCCGCCGCGGCCGAGGCGGGCCUUCUGCAGCAUCCCGAGUGUGCCUGAGUGGGGCGUCAUCCUGGAAGCCUCGAAAUGCAGUUCUGUAAUAAAUGGAGCAGACAUUUGCCUGUGGCUUAAACCCAC